GCGCGUGAGAGAGAGACAGCAAAGCAGUCCCAGGCUUCCUUGUCUCUCACGUCAGAGGCAGGAACCUACUGUGCUAGGGCUGUUGGCUCAACACGCAGAGACAGAGAAAGGCACAGACACCGAGAACGAGAGAAGAGGGGUCCCCCCGACCCAGGGAAUUACCACCAGUGGAGUAAAGCCACCUGACUUUUUAAUCUUAUUUUUGUUGCCUCCUCUUUCUCCUUCCACUCUAGCCCUGUCAGCUUGGGUUUCGUUUCUUUCCUGGAGCCUCCUCUCUUCCUCCCAGAAAAGGAGGAAGGGAAGAAAAGGGAGAGAGGUGGGUUCUCUAGGUGAGCGCAUCAGCUGGUUCCAGCCCGCACAGACAAGAAUUCUCUUCGCAGGAAGCUCAUCUCGCUCCCCUGCCGCCCACCCUCAGCCGGGUGGACCUGGCAUCACACCUGCACAGAGGCCACGUCUCUUGGAGUCAGGAGUGAAGAGCGUGUGGGAAACAGAAGACAUCGCAGACCCCAUCGCUAAAGAUUCCCAUAACUCCGGGCUGUGCGCUGCAGGCUGGUCUUGAACCCGGAGCUCUAGGUGAGAGAAUGGGGGUGGACGGGGAAACGGUGGUCCUGAAGAACAUGCUCCUUGGCGUCAACCUGAUCCUCCUGGGCUCCCUGCUCAAGCCCUCCGAAUGUCAGCUGGAGGUCACCACGGAAGGGGUCCAGAGACAGGCGGUGGAGGAGGACGGAGGUGUGGCCAACUACAGCGCUUCUGGCAAAGAGCAGCCAAUGGUCUUCAACCACGUGUACAACAUUAACGUGCCCCUGGACAGCCUCUGCUCCUCCGGGCUGGAGGCCUCGGCCGAGCAGGAGGUGAGUGCCGAAGACGAGGCGCUGGCGGAGUACACAGGUCAGACCUCGGACCACGAGAGCCAGGUCACCUUCACCCACAGGAUCAACCUCCCCAAAAAGGCCUGCCCCUGCGCCGGCUCGGCCCGGGUGCUGCAGGAGCUGCUGAGCCGCAUCGAGAUGCUGGAGAGGGAGGUGUCGCUGCUCCGGGACCAGUGCACCAGCAACUGCUGCCCAGAAAGCGCGGCCACAGGACAACUGGACUACACCCCUCACUGCAGCGGCCACGGCAACUUUAGCCUCCAGUCCUGCGGCUGCAUCUGCAAUGAAGGCUGGUUCGGCAAAAACUGCUCCGAGCCCUCCUGCCCGCUGGGCUGCUCCCGCCGGGGUGUGUGCGUGGACGGCCAGUGCGUCUGUGACAGCGAGUACAGCGGGGGCGACUGCUCCGAGCUCCGGUGCCCGACAGACUGCAGCUCCCGGGGGCUCUGCGUGGAUGGAGAGUGUGUCUGUGAAGAGCCCUACACAGGCGAGGACUGUAGCGAGCUGAGAUGCCCCGGGGACUGUUCGGGGAAGGGGAGAUGUGCCAAUGGCACCUGCUUCUGCCAGGAGGGCUACGUGGGGGACGACUGCAGUCAGCAGCGGUGUCUGAACGCCUGCAGUGGGCGAGGACACUGCCAGGAGGGGCUCUGCUUCUGCGAAGAUGGCUACCAGGGCCCUGACUGCUCGGCAGUUGCCCCUCCAGAGGACUUGCGAGUGGCUGGUAUCAGCGACAGGUCCAUUGAGCUGGAAUGGGACGGGCCGAUGGCAGUGACGGAAUAUGUGGUCUCUUACCAGCCGACGGCCCUGGGGGGCCUCCAGCUCCAGCGACGGGUACCUGGAGAUUGGAGUGGCGUCACCAUCACGGAGCUGGAGCCAGGUCUCACCUACAACAUCAGCGUCUACGCUGUCAUUAGCAACAUCCUCAGCCUUCCCAUCACUGCCAAGGUGGCCACCCAUCUCUCCACUCCUAAAGGGCUACACUUCAAGACCAUCACAGAGACCACCGUGGAGGUGCAGUGGGAGCCCUUCACAUUCUCCUUCGAUGGGUGGGAGAUCAGCUUCAUUCCAAAGAAUAAUGAAGGAGGGGUGAUUGCUCAGCUCCCCAGUGACGUCACAUCCUUCAAUCAGACAGGACUAAAGCCUGGGGAGGAAUACAUUGUCAAUGUGGUGGCUCUGAAAGAGCAAGCCCGGAGCCUCCCUACCUCGGCCAGCGUCUCCACUGUCAUUGAUGGGCCCACACAGAUCCUGGUUCGAGACGUCUCAGACACUGUGGCCUUCGUGGAAUGGACCCCACCUCGAGCCAAAGUCGAUUUCAUUCUCUUGAAGUAUGGCUUGGUGGGCGGGGAAGGCGGGAAGACCACUUUCCGGCUCCAGCCUCCCCUGAGCCAGUACUCAGUGCAGGCCCUGCGGCCUGGUUCCCGCUAUGAGGUGUGGGUCAGCGCCGUCCGCGGGACCAACGAGAGCCAGUCCACGACCACCCAGUUCACAACAGAGAUUGACGCCCCCAAGAACCUGCGGGUAGGCUCGCACUCGGCAACCAGCAUUGACCUUGAGUGGGACAACAGCGAAGCAGAGGUCCAGGAGUACAAGGUUGUGUAUAGCACCCUGGCAGGUGAGCAGUACCACGAGCUGCUGGUCCCCAAGAGCUUCGGUCCAACCACCAGAGCCACCCUCACAGAUCUGGUGCCCGGCACUGAGUACGGAGUUGGAAUUUCCGCUGUCAUGGACUCACAGCAAAGUGUACCAGCCACCAUGAAUGCCAGGACUGAACUUGACAGUCCCCGAGACCUCAUGGUGACAGCCUCCUCAGAAACUUCGAUCUCCCUCAUCUGGACCAAGGCCAGUGGCCCCAUUGAUCACUACCGAAUUACCUUCACCCCAUCCUCCGGCAUUGCCUCAGAAGUCACUGUGCCCAAAGACAGGACCUCGUACACCCUGACAGAUCUAGAGCCCGGAGCAGAGUACAUCAUUUCAAUCACUGCUGAGAGGGGUCGGCAGCAGAGCUUUGAGUCCACGGUGGACGCCUUCACAGGCUUCCGCCCCAUCUCCCAUUUACACUUCUCUCACGUGACCUCCUCCAGUGUAAACAUAACCUGGAGUGACCCAUCCCCUCCAGCAGACAGACUCAUUCUGAACUACAGCCCUCGGGAUGAAGAGGAAGAGAUGACAGAGGUCUCCCUGGAUGCCACCAAGAGGCAUACUGUCCUGAUGGGGCUGCAGCCAGCCACUGAGUACAUUGUGAACCUGGUAGCAGUCCAUGGCACGGUGACCUCUGAGCCCAUUGUGGGCUCCAUCACCACAGGAAUUGAUCCCCCCAAAGACAUCACAAUUAGCAACGUGACCAAGGACUCAGUUAUGGUCUCCUGGAGCCCUCCCGUUGCAUCUUUUGAUUACUACCGAGUUUCCUAUCGGCCAACACAAGUGGGACGGUUGGACAGCUCAGUGGUGCCCAAUACAGUGACGGAAUUCACCAUCACCAAGCUAUAUCCAGCUACUGAAUAUGAAAUCAGUCUCAACAGCGUGCGGGGCAGGGAAGAGAGUGAGCGUAUCUGUACCCUCAUUCACACAGCCAUGGACAACCCUGUGGAUCUGACUGCUAGCAACAUUACUCCAACAGAAGCCCUGCUGCAAUGGAAGCCUCCAAUGGGUCAAGUGGAGAACUACGUCAUUAUUCUCACACACUUUGCAGUUGCUGGAGAGACCAUCCUGGUUGAUGGAGGCAGUGAGGAAUUCCAGCUUUCUGGCCUGCUUCCUAGUACCCAUUACACUGUCAAUAUGUAUGCCACUAGUGGGCCUCUCACCAGUGGCACCAUCAGCACCAACUUCUCUACCCUCCUGGACCCUCCUGCAAACCUGACGGCCAGUGAAGUCACCAGACAAAGUGCCCUGAUCUCCUGGCAGCCUCCCAGAGCAGAGAUUGAGAACUACAUCUUAACCUACAGAUCCACUGAUGGAAGCCGCAAGGAGCUGAUCGUGGAUGCAGAGGACACGUGGAUCCGACUGGAGGGUCUGUCUGAGAGCACAGACUACACAGUGCUCCUGCGGGCAGCCCAGGACACCGCCCGGAGCAGCCUCACCUCCACCACCUUCACCACAGGGGGCCGGGUGUUUCCUCAUCCUCAAGACUGUGCCCAGCAUUUGAUGAAUGGAGACACUCUGAGUGGGGUUUACACCAUCUUCCUCAACGGAGAGCUAAGCCGGAAGUUACAGGUGUACUGCGACAUGACCACCGAUGGGGGUGGCUGGAUUGUGUUCCAGAGACGGCAGAACGGCCAAACUGAUUUUUUCCGCAAGUGGGCUGAGUACCGUGUCGGCUUCGGGAACCUGGAGGAUGAGUUUUGGCUGGGGCUGGACAACAUACACAGGAUCACGUCCCAGGGCCGCUACGAGCUGCGCGUGGACAUGCGGGACGGCCAGGAGGCCGCCUUCGCCUCCUACGACAAGUUCUCGGUGGAGGAUGGCCGAAACCUGUAUAAGCUGCGCCUCGGGGGCUACAACGGCACUGCAGGGGACUCCCUCAGCUAUCAUCAGGGACGCCCUUUCUCCACAGAGGACAGAGACAAUGAUGUUGCUGUUACCAACUGUGCCAUGUCCUACAAGGGGGCCUGGUGGUAUAAGAACUGCCAUCGCACCAACCUCAAUGGGAAAUAUGGAGAGUCCAGGCACAGUCAGGGGAUCAACUGGUACCACUGGAAAGGCCACGAAUUCUCCAUCCCUUUCGUGGAGAUGAAGAUGCGCCCCUACAGCCACCGUCUCACGGCGGGGAGGAAACGGCGGUCCUUGCAGUUCUGAGCUUUGGGCGGCCGCGGGCCGACUGACCUUUUCUGUCAUUUGUUUGUAUUUUAUAAUAUGAAACAAGGGGUGGGGGGUAAGAGUACUGUGCUUGGCAACGUGGGAAGGGUGUUGGAGGAAGCAGGAUAUAGCUGUUCGUGGUGUCUGCUGUCCCGGGCCUGGGCCUCGGUCUCCGUGCUCCCUCCCACCCAGUCAUCCUUAACCUUCCCCUCCUUUCUCACCGAGGAGGGAAAGUCUGGAAUGUUUUAAAGAGACCAAGUGAAAGGCAAGUCCUGGGGUCAGAUUGCUAUGGCACAAGGCCUUCUUUUCCUGGACACCUAGGAGUUGCCCUUCACUCCCAGGUAAUCGUGCUCUGGUCACUGCCUUGGAUGGCCAGGUUCUCACAGCAGCCCCCGGGAGAAGCCUCGAGAAGAGAGCUCUGCCAACAAUACCCCUUCAGAGGAAAUAGAUUAACCUCGCCCCAUCCCAACAACCCUUUUUAAUGGGCCAAAGAUUUUCAUCUUCUGACACUCUUACCAGCCAAGUGUCCUAUGACCUUUUAAGAGCAGCCGUCUCCUUCCCAGCCCCAGUCAGUCCUGUGCCUCCGUCCAUCCUACCCUUAGACCCCCAUGGCCCCACAAGCCCAAGGCAUUGUCCACACCUGGCCCUGGGCUACACAGUGGCUGUGUUCCCUAAGGGUCAUAAGUCAUUGCCCCCUCUCUUAGUUCUGCCAGGCAGAACUUCUCUGUGGACGAAAGGGAGAGAUGGUUGUAGGUUGAGCCCUUUGGGGUCAGACAUUGAGGAAAGGACAAAAGUAGAAAUCAGGGCAUCUGCCAUUUGAGAUUACAGGUCCCUUGGGAAACACAGAUCUUACCUAGCUCUAUUUUCUUAUCUCUGGUCCUAUUUGUCAUGGAUUUUUUUUUUCCCUGAAUUGCAAAUGGAAGGCCUCAUUUCUGUGUUCAGCCAAGCUCUCCUUAAUGUGGGUGGCUUAAUAAGGGUCAGAAGAAGAAGUUAUAUGACCAGACAGCCGUUCCCCUGACUGAUAAUUCCUGGAAAGAGGUGAAAUUCGGGGGAGAGGGGGAGGGGCUGUUUUUGUUUUUUUGCUCUUUUUUGGUCCUGUGGGAAAUAGGAAUGACCUCUGUAAUGAGUUGACAUCAUGAGAAGCCUUUCUCCAUCUUCUUUUAUUAUUCUGCCUCUGAGAGGAAAAAUGAAAAGUGCCAGAGGAAAUUACAUCUGGAAAUCCAAAGGUGAAUAGGGGACGACUGUGGGCCUACCUCCAAUUUUAUGAGAUGUGCUCUCUUCACUACCAUGAUUUGAUUUUUAAGCCCAAGAGAGCGCAAGGCUCUAGAAACCAUGACCCUUUGACUUCUCCAAACCCAAUGUCAGUGGUAGCUAUCCCUGCGGCAUCUACCAAAAGCCACACCCAGCCCCCCGGCAGCCCCCCUCUGUUCCCCUCCCAUUCCUCAAGGCCCCACUUCUGUUUCCUUUAAUGCCCAUGAUUAGCCAAACCAGGACAUCUUGCUCUGUCCCCAACCAGUUGCCGGAAGAGCCUGAGAGUUGGCAGUUUCCUGAUGGAAACAGCUACGCUCUAACCCAGCUCUGAUUCCCAGGAGAGGACGGUCACGGGGGCUGCUGAUCACACUUUAUACAGAUGACGUUGGCUGCCACUAGCCACAGGCGCCCUGCCACAGCAGGCCUCCAAGGCCUUUCCCACGCCUCCGUGAGGCUGUGACUGACAAACCCGGGACAUGAGACAUGGAAGCCACUCUCAGGUCAGCAUGGGCUUCAAAAGGAACUAGGAGAAGGAGGAAGAAAGAGACACAGUCCUUUUAAGAAACAUACAAAUUCCAGUGAGAUUCAACUAGGAGAGUGGGAUACCAAUGAAGAGUAGGGAGCACACUGCGAGGAAGCUGGGGACUAAGCUAGAGGCCGCCUCCGCCAUGUUGUUUGCUCUGUGACCUCAUCAGGGAGGUUGUUUUCUCUCUCCAGGCCUCAGUGUCCCCCCUGUUGAAUGGAAGCUUGGACUAGAAUGGCUACCAUCUUCCUUUCCGGUUUUGAUAGUCACUGAUGCUGGUUUCUGAUCUGGAAAUCUAAGUAGAAAUUGGCAUUGAUGAGAAAGCAUGAUUAAGUAAUGAAAAUUCACCAGAAGUUCUGCUUUGUUAGGGAGGGAGGAAGGAAGGAGAAAAGAUUCAGAAGUCAUAAAUGAAACACACACACACACAGGAAAACGCACUGCAGAAAAGGUAAUGCCAAGUAAGAGACCAAAUUCAUUUUGCUUGUAAAAGCAGAGACAGAGGGCCUGAGUGGUGCCAGCACAGCCUACCUCGUCAAGGGAACUGAAACGAACAGAGAUUAUGAUUCCUUGUGUGGUCAAUUCAGGUGAAAGCCAGGAAGUAUUAGUGGAAACCAAAACCCGCGUUUCAUGACAACCAUUUUACCCUAUGGAACAUUUUUAUAAAUAUUAUCAGCAACAAUGACUGAAUUCAUUUCAAAAACGUUUAAAGCAAGAAAAGGACUUUGAAGAUUAGCUCACCCAACCUCCUAUAAAAGGAUGUAUAGAUUCCUUUUACUGAGUUGAGUGUUUUUCUCACGAGCUUUUACCAUCUUCAAGAGACACUGUGCCCCGUUCUCUCUCCAAGAUCCACAAUCAACUAAACUCAAAGCUUCUUUACUGAUUCCUGCUUAUCCUGUUCCUCCAAAUUUGCGUUCUUCCCAAGGGUGGAUCUGGCAAAUGACAUUCACAGAGCACUGGCCUACGCACACCUCUUUCCCUCAAGGGACUCCUGGGAAUAGAGGCAGCCCUGCCCAGAGGCAAUUUAAGUGCAGGAUUAGGAUUUAAUCCCAAUCCUAAUCAUAGGCAUUUAUAAGCAAACAAAACCUACCAAUGACUACAGCAGAUCCACUGCCUAGAUCCAAGAUCCAGACAGUUUUUCCUUUUCUCAUUUCCCCAUCAGAUAAAAAUAGUUCCCAAAUGAGUAACUCAGGGUCUCCAGGGUUCUUUCUGGAAGGGGGGGGGGGGUCGUUGGGGGUGGAGACCACAAAUCUGUGGAAAAUUCCUUCAGGCCUUUAGACUGGAUUUUACUGGAGGAGGGAGACUUGCUAGGUGUGGCCACAAGGUGGCGAUCACUCCCCCCCAGUCGUCGCAGGUAACUAUGAAACCGGGUGGGAAUUGAGCACAGCAAGCCCCUAGGGGUUUCCGGGAGAACUCACACCAAACCAAUUUUGGGGAAAACCAGCCAACUGAUUUGCACAAGGGAUUGAAUUGUUAAAGAACAACAACAAAAAUGGCAGCGAGGAAAUGCAGAGCAAACUUCUAUAAGUAGUUAAAUGCCCCCUACCCCUCAGCUACCAGCUCCCCCAUGGGCUGCCCCUCCCCCCGCAGGGGUAAGCCACCACCCACCCCGUGCCCUGGAAACCAGCCAGCUCCCUGCACACUGAAAACUGUUAUUUUAAAGACAAACCUGAAGAACCAAGGUUGCCAAUGAGCUCAAUGCCAAGCCAAACAACCCUAAUCACAUUUAUACUUUUAAAAUCCGGUCCCAGCACAGAGCUGAGAUUAAGGGACACUAGUUCAUUAUGGAAUCGUUUGAAAGAGCUCUUUUCAAAGCAUCAGAUGAGAAAAAGUGGAACCUGUGAGCAGUAUAGAUGUGCCAAGUGGAGGAGGCUGUAACAGACGAGCCCAUGACCCCGCCUUGCAAGAAUUCUGGGGCAUGAAAACACUUUUCUUCUUUCUUCUUUCUUUCUUUCUUUUCUUUUCUUUUUUUUUUAAAUUUUAACCGCUGCCCAGAAUUUCAGGAAAGGUAGAACCACUUACUCAGGGUCCAUGCUUGCUUUCGAUCACCUGAUUCCCAUUCAAUCUCAUUCCUGCUUCCUUUUCUUUCCCUCCAAAGCAGAGACUCUACUUGUCUCUCACUGCCUAGUCCUAAAACUUUGAAAAGGAAAAUUCAAACUUCAGUUUAGUUACAAGAAUCCCAUAGAAGAUGGAAUAAUUUGUUCAUGUGCUUCAAACUUGCCAAGGCCUCGGGACCUCGGAGGUCGUGUGGGGGAGGUCUGCGAAGUUUGGGAGUCUGCCUCUUCCACAAAGCUCCAGAUGCCCAUAGCGGCACACUCGGCUCCACCCAACCUCCCUGGGUGGCCCGUCUUUCUCCAAAUAGCAGUGACAGAGAGGUCCCACGCUCAGGAAAGGCGAGACCCGGUGCUGGCUUCUGGGUGAUUCCUGUAGCCUCUCUCUGGCUAGACCUCCGGGUCCUUUGGCCACAUUCCCAAACAUCUUUGACUGAAUGCUCCCCCAUGCUUUUGUGACUUCCAUAGCCCCGCCCCACCCCACACAAGUGUGACCAAGCUUCCCUCAACUGUACUCCAGCAUUUUGGCACCAUGGGGCCAAAAGAGAAUUCACAGACCACAUGAGACCUCCAAAAGCAAGGAGGGACAAAGCUCUAGUACACUUUAAGUGGCGUGUGGUGUAGCUACAGGUCCAUUUGAAAAAAUGGCCCUGGUCCAUCCUGAUGGCAGCCCCAUUACAUACCCUGAUGUCUGUUCUGUGUUCUUUAAGCUUUGAGAACUAGCAGGGAAGAAGAAAACAUAAAAUAUAAAACCUUAAAAAAUUAAAUAACAAAAUAAAAGAAGGGGAUGGAUGCUUGGAGACUGAAAGCAAGCCCUCUACCAAUGGCCUGUGAUAGAAAUACCGAGAACAAGGUCUAGGGACCAGCCUCAGUUUCUUGAGUUCUGGUCUCACCUCCCACCAGACAGCUCCUGUCAGUUCACCCACUUCACCAGAGGAGAAACUAAGGCUCACAGGCCUGUCACUGCAGAAAAUGAGAAGCCAAAAGGCUCCCUUGGCUUGUUCAACCAGUCCUGCCUGGACCUCACUUAUCCUUCAUGGCACUUGCAAGCCUGAUUUGUCAUCUCCAGCAUUUCUGAUUUAUUUUUCAAGGUCACCCCUUGCCUGAAGCAUGACUUCAUUGCACCUGCAGCACUUCAUUGUCCAAAUGUCCUUGGAAAACCUCACAGUCUUUGGACAGUGUUGCUGUCUUCUGCAGACCGGAAAUCCUCUCUCUUUCCCAAGCUUAAUAAGGCUAUGGCAGAGCAUCCAAAUAACACACGUCUUGUUCCUUAGACGAGCUCUGCCUCCUCUGUUAACUUGGCAAAUCAGCUCUUCCUUGUCUGCUGCUGGGCUGAUGCUAAAUUUCCAGUUCAAAAAUGUUUAACCCUUUCAGUCUCACUGAAUCCGCCAUCCCAGGUACUGGCAUUGGCUCAUUGGCAACAUGGGCUCAUGGAGGCAGAGCAAGAUCCCAGGAGGCCUGGAACAUCUAAGCCACAGAGAGGGUUUGGGUUCAGAUGUGUGACCAGGAGGCAAGUGCACGGAGGAGAACUAUUGUUUUCUUCCCAUUCCUGGUUUAGCCACUCCAGGGACACACUGGUAACAUCCUGCCAUUGGACACUACUGUGUUCACUGCUGCCUCCAAAAGACAAAUAUGGGGGGCAUACGUUCAGAGCAGAAGGGGACUGGAGAUCCUCUAACCUGACCCGCUCAUGUCAUGCUUCUGGAAAGAGAAGCUCAAAGAUGUUAGGCAACUUGCCCAAGUUCACACAGCUAAUUAGUAACAGAGCCGAGAUCAGAUCUAGCAUAGGCCUUUUAAUAUUUCUCUCCCCAACUGAAGACUAAGAGAAAUGGUAUUUACUACACUCCUACUACUUUCCAGAUACUGUGCUAGGAAAUUUACCUGUAUUACUUCAUUAAAUCCUCACCACAACCCUGACUCAAGUUUUACCAUGAGGAAAUGAAGGCACAGAAAGGUUUAAUAACACGCCCAAAGUCACACAGGAUCAGGAUCCCUCUGUCUAACUCUAAAGCCCUUGCUUUUGCCCCUUCAGGAGGCUGCUGCCCCUUCUAUUUGUUUAGCUGAGUGGCCGCCAUCUUGGAUUUACUAAUAUUUGUACAAAGGGGCUUCUGAUGCCACUUCCUUCUAUCUUUUAAGAAAAGGGAGUUCUUGUGUUGUUUUCUGCCACAUACUCUGGAAAUCCUCUCUGAAACAGCC